GCUGGCGGCAGGGUGUCCGGGAGGCAGUAGCGGCAGCGGCAGCGGCGGCGCUGAGGGGAGUGAGGCGGCCGCGUCGGCAGCCGCUCGAGCGUCAGGCGGAGCCUCGGGCUGCCCGGCGGUCGCAGGCGCCGAGGCGUUUGCCGUUUCCUACCGGGCUCGGCGCUCCCGGCCCUGGCUGGGCAGGGCAGAGCGCCCCUGGGGAGGGCGGAGCAGUAGAUAUGGCAUAAGAUAUUUCUUCAAGAUUGGACAGCUGGUGACCUGCUAUUUCUGAUAGCCUUAAGCUGACUUUAUAGCCAUAGCGAAACCUCACGGAAUUGCAUUGUUGUUUUCUGCUUUACACCGUUUCUGACACCUAAGUUCACCCUGCAACCAUGUAUGGAAGUGCUCGAUCAGUAGGGAAAGCGGAACCAAGCAGCCAGAGUCCCGGGAGAUCACCUCGCCUUCCACGGUCCCCUCGCUUAGGUCAUCGGCGAACAAAUAGCACAGGAGGGAGUUCUGGAAACAGUGUUGGAGGUGGCGGCGGGAAAACCCUUUCGAUGGAGAAUAUACAGUCCUUAAAUGCUGCCUAUGCCACAUCUGGCCCUAUGUACCUCAGCGACCACGAGAAUGUGGGUUCAGAAACACCUAAGAGCACCAUGACGCUUGGCCGCUCUGGGGGACGCCUGCCUUACGGGGUUAGGAUGACUGCUAUGGGCAGUAGUCCCAAUAUAGCAAGCAGUGGGGUUGCUAGUGAUACCAUAGCAUUUGGAGAACAUCACCUCCCUCCUGUUAGCAUGGCCUCCACCGUACCCCACUCUCUCCGUCAGGCAAGAGAUAACACCAUCAUGGAUCUGCAAACACAGCUGAAAGAAGUGUUAAGAGAAAACGAUCUUUUGAGGAAGGAUGUGGAAGUCAAGGAGAGCAAAUUAAGUUCGUCAAUGAAUAGCAUCAAGACCUUCUGGAGCCCAGAGCUGAAGAAAGAGCGGGCCUUGAGAAAAGAUGAAGCUUCCAAAAUCACCAUUUGGAAGGAGCAGUACCGGGUUGUGCAGGAAGAAAACCAGCACAUGCAGAUGACGAUCCAGGCUCUCCAGGAUGAGCUUCGGAUUCAGAGGGACUUGAAUCAGCUGUUUCAGCAAGAUAGCGGCAGCAGGACUGGGGAGCCUUGUGUGGCCGAGCUCACGGAGGAGAACUUCCAGAGGCUGCACGCUGAGCACGAGCGGCAAGCCAAAGAGCUGUUCCUCCUGCGGAAGACCCUGGAGGAGAUGGAGCUGCGCAUCGAGACUCAGAAGCAAACCCUGAAUGCUCGGGAUGAGUCCAUCAAGAAGCUUCUGGAGAUGCUCCAGAGCAAAGGACUUUCUGCCAAAGCGACAGAGGAAGACCACGAGAGAACGAGACGGCUGGCAGAGGCAGAGAUGCAUGUCCACCACCUCGAGAGUCUUUUGGAGCAGAAGGAAAAAGAGAAUAAUAUGUUGAGAGAGGAGAUGCACCGGAGAUUUGAGAAUGCCCCUGAUUCUGCCAAGACAAAAGCCUUGCAAACCGUUAUUGAGAUGAAGGAUUCAAAAAUUUCUUCCAUGGAGCGUGGGCUCCGAGACCUGGAAGAAGAGAUCCAGAUGCUGAAGUCAAAUGGGGCUUUGAGUACUGAAGAGCGGGAGGAAGAAAUGAAACAAAUGGAGGUGUACAGGAGCCACUCUAAAUUUAUGAAAAAUAAGGUAGAGCAACUGAAGGAGGAGCUAAGUUCCAAAGAGGCUCAAGGGGAGGAGCUGAAAAAGAGAGCGGCUGGUCUGCAGUCUGAGGUCUUUGCAAUUGGCCAGGUGAAGCAGGAGCUGUCCAGAAAGGACACAGAACUACUAGCCUUACAGACAAAGCUGGAAACCCUCACGAACCAAUUCUCGGACAGCAAGCAGCACAUUGAGGUGCUGAAGGAGUCGCUCACCGCGAAGGAGCAGAGGGCCGCCAUCCUGCAGACGGAGGUGGAUGCCCUUCGAUUGCGUUUGGAAGAAAAGGAGACUAUGCUGAAUAAAAAAACCAAACAAAUUCAAGACAUGGCUGAGGAGAAGGGCACACAAGCAGGAGAAAUACAUGACCUCAAGGACAUGCUGGACGUGAAGGAGCGGAAGGUCAAUGUUCUUCAGAAGAAGAUUGAAAACCUUCAGGAACAACUGAGAGAUAAAGAAAAGCAGAUGAGCAGCUUGAAAGAGCGAGUCAAGUCUCUACAGGCAGAUACCACCAACACAGACACAGCUCUAACGACUCUGGAGGAGGCUCUUGCAGAUAAAGAACGGACAAUUGAACGCUUAAAGGAGCAGCGGGACAGAGAUGAGCGAGAGAAGCAAGAGGAGAUAGAUAACUACAAAAAAGAUCUUAAAGACUUGAAAGAAAAAGUCAGCCUGUUGCAAGGAGACCUCUCAGAGAAGGAGGCUUCUCUGUUGGAUCUGAAGGAGCAUGCUUCAUCCCUGGCCUCCUCAGGGCUGAAAAAGGACUCACGGCUCAAGACCCUAGAAAUUGCUCUUGAGCAGAAGAAGGAAGAGUGCCUGAAGAUGGAAUCUCAGUUGAAAAAGGCACAUGAAGCAACAUUGGAAGCCAGAGCCAGUCCAGAGAUGAAUGACCGAAUACAGCAAUUGGAGAGAGAGAUUUCCAGGUACAAAGAUGAAUCCAGCAAGGCCCAAACAGAAGUUGACCGCCUCUUAGAAAUCUUGAAAGAGGUGGAAAAUGAGAAGAAUGACAAAGAUAAGAAGAUAGCUGAGUUGGAAAGGCAAGUGAAAGACCAGAACAAGAAGGUAGCGAACCUGAAGCACAAGGAGCAGGUGGAGAAGAAGAAGAGCGCGCAGAUGCUGGAGGAGGCCCGGAGGAGGGAGGACAGCCUCAGCGACAGCUCUCAGCAGCUGCAGGACAGCCUCCGUAAGAAGGAUGACAGGAUUGAAGAGCUGGAAGAAGCAUUGAGAGAAAGUGUACAGAUAACUGCAGAGCGUGAAAUGGUGCUGGCACAAGAGGAGUCGGCCAGGACCAAUGCUGAGAAACAGGUGGAGGAGUUGUUGAUGGCUAUGGAGAAGGUGAAGCAGGAACUGGAGUCCAUGAAAGCUAAGCUCUCCUCUACCCAGCAAUCUCUGGCUGAGAAGGAGUCGCAUCUAACCAACCUCCGGGCAGAGAGAAGGAAGCACUUAGAGGAAGUUCUGGAGAUGAAGCAAGAAGCUCUUCUGGCUGCUAUUAGUGAAAAGGAUGCUAACAUAGCUCUUCUAGAGCUUUCAUCCUCGAAGAAAAAGACCCAAGAAGAAGUGGCUGCGCUGAAACGGGAAAAGGACCGCCUGGUGCAGCAGCUCAAACAACAGACACAAAAUCGAAUGAAACUAAUGGCUGACAACUAUGAGGAUGACCACUUCAAAUCCUCCCGUUCCAAUCAGAUGAACCAUAAACCCUCCCCAGACCAGAUCAUCCAGCCCCUCUUAGAACUUGACCAAAAUAGAAGCAAGUUAAAAUUGUAUAUUGGACACCUGACAGCCCUCUGCCAUGACCGAGACCCCUUAAUCCUCCGUGGACUCACCCCACCAGCUUCUUACAAUGCAGAUGGUGACCAGGCAGCUUGGGAGAAUGAGCUGCAGAAGAUGACCCAGGAGCAGCUUCAGAGCGAGCUGGAGAAGGUCGAGGGGGACAACGCAGAGCUGCAGGAAUUCGCCAACGCCAUUCUCCAGCAGAUAGCCGAUCACUGCCCCGACAUUCUGGAGCAAGUUGUCAAUGCCCUGGAGGAGUCCUCCUGACUGCUCCAAGGAAGGUGACCGCAGAGCCGGAGAAGAGAAGCCGAGGAAGGGGUGUCUGAGCUGCCUCCAUACCAGACCCUGCCAGCUGGACGUGCGCAUCCAGCCCGUUCGUCAUCGUCCUCCGCCUUCCGCUUGGAAUGUCGUCUCUGCACAAAUCUCCCUGGUCUCCAUGAAGAACAACCCUCCGCCUCAGCAGCAGAGAGCAGAACUGGGAGGCUGGCACUCUGCUCUUCCAGGAACAGGACGGAAAGCCGGAAGCCCACUCAGAGCUGUGUGCUUUGAGAGCUUGCUGCUGAAGCAUUAGCCCGAGGACCUUUUCCUCGGAGGGCAGAGAGGGAGGGAGGAGGUGGCCAGGAACGAGGAGGAGGGCGAGCACCACCCUCUCUGCGCUGCCGCCACGUUUGCCAUCCUUGCUUGCCGUCACCAACAGCAGGUACAGGCAGGCCUCAUGCAGCUGGCGCUUAGCCGCUGUGAGCCCACCUGCUGCCUGUCUCGCCUGUACUGCUCUCGGACGGCAGGAGGGUGUACACAGCAGCCACCCUGCUCACGCUUGUUGAAGGCCUUUGACCUGCCUGCGCCUCAUUGUCAGGUUAAAUGUCUGACUGGAGAGAAGAGGGUUUAACGUGCAGAGCCAUGUUGCCACUGCUUGCAAGUUUGCUUCUCAAGAGAAGCUGUCCCACAGGGCCAGGCUGAAUCCUCCUGAACAUCACCCACAGUGCUCUCCGCUCCCACCGCCUUGCCCCACGCUGCUCUAAAACGGGCUGCUAAAGUACAUGCUCCCCUGCCCGCCUUCCCAGCUUUGCUCCUAAAGUCCAUCCUCAGAGCCACAGCCUCGUGUCCUGCCUAGAGACUGAGUGUGUCUUAUUCAUACACAUUCCCUCCUCCAUUCAUUCGUUCGUUCAUUCAUUCAUUCAUUCAAAAACCACUCUAAGAUGCCUGCUGUGAGUUUACUCAUUAGUGUGCAUAGCACCCACCCCUGGAGAAGCCUCUGACAGGGAGAGGUACGGCGAUCCUGUGAGACAUGCUCAGUUGAAUCGUGGCACUCCAGGUGUGCCUUCUGCCCUCAAUCUUCCCAGAAAUGGCCUUCCCAGCCUCGCAUCCUUUGUUUUUCACUAUUAUGGAAUCCGGGGGCGUGGAUGGCGGAGCCACCUGUGCCUGGGGAAUCCCACUUGGCAGUUGAGGAUCGUUGUUGUCAGUAUUAUUACCCUGAGGCACGUUCUGUUUAGGGGACUGUGCAUGUCCAUUUGUGUCAGCUGACUGCCUUUCCCAUCCAUGCACACCUACUGGCCUCGGCCAGUGCCAUGCUGAAGUGAGAUGCAGAUCCAGCUGAGGGUCUAGGCGUUGUGCAGGUUUACCCCGGGUGUAGGCGGCAGCCAUCAGACAUAAUCAGGCACUACAAGAGAGGCAGUGCAGCACACAAGCCGUUCUUCAAUCCCUUAAGCAGACACCCUGUACAGACACUACUGUAGCACCCGUUUUUAAACUCUCCCUUCCAACCCCCCAACCCUAGGUAGGAGAGAGAAGGUUAGAGGGGAGAGGGGGCACAGACCCCUUCUCUUCUCCCUGCUAUCACCAGCGGGUGAAGACCACACCCCACAGGAGGCAGUUAUCAGCUGUGGACAAACUAAAGCCCAAACCAAAAUCCUACACUUGGGAUUAAAAACAAAAACAUAUUUACAGAACAUGGUGAGUCUUUGAAGAAACCAAACUUUCAUUAUACACUGCCAUCUUCUGAUGAGGCUGCUGGGGUCUCUGCCGUGCAUUUCUUCUAACUCACUCAAAAGAACACAAUGCUGCUUCUAAACACUCACAGCCCUCAACCUCGGAGCUCACGCAGCCACCACCAUCAUAUUCACUUAGCCAGCCACAUCCCUGCCUCCCCUUCCUCCCUGCCAUAAGGUGUUCCUUUGUGUGAUGCUGGGGAGUGUCCUCAUAAGGGUUCGGACGGACCCUGCCGUGAACCUCUCACUGAGAUGCUUUCGAAGGUCCCAGCCUGGCCACCUGGAAUAUGGACAUUAGGAAGAAAUGAUAAUCAUUGCUGCUCAGUUCUCUUCCAGGAUAGGAAAGUUAGGCUCUUAUUUCACCCCCUAACAUAAGGAACCACCACCUACUAACAGCUUCACGGGCUACAGUGGAAUCCAGAAGACAGAAGGGUCCAGGCCCUCAGGAGCAGCCUAGUGCUGAUGGCCAGCUCUUCUCCACCCGGGAGGGACCCCACAGCCAGACCUCCUUACCUACACCUGUUUGGUGUGUGUUAGCAGAGGUACCGUCCACCACCCUCGCUAACUGGACGUACGACCUACUCUUCAGCACUUCCUUCUCUCUAUUUUAAGACGUUUCUCCAUCAGGUCCCGCAGAGAGGCUGCGGGGACCCUCGGGGACACACGCUUUUGGAGAAGGCAAGUUUGUAGAUCAGGCUUUGUCUGAUCUCUGCGCCACAGUACAGGGGUCUCCUGCUCAGGUGGUGAUCUAGUGACUCGUGUGGUUCCGGAGACUGUGGGGCUGACGUUGAACCAUAAACAUGGCCUUUGUGCUAGAUGAGGUUGAUAGGGUAUCUGGCAUUUGAGUCUUACCGACUGUAUAUCAUUCAUUCAUUGAGCCAGUGUUCACUGAACGCGCGACUGCCAUUGCACUAGGGCACGCCAUCCAUGACCUCAUGCUCCUGGGUCUUGUAUGGCAUCUGGCCCUGAGAGCUCACUGAAGGCUGGCUAGGAUCACCCCCAUCCCUUCCAUCCCAUUGUCAAGCCGCAUACCCUCCCGCACCCCAAGUGAAGGUCAUCGCGAAGAUGACGGUAAGGAAAGAGGUCUGGACCGCGAGCUGGGACUCCUGCCAAAGCGGCAGCACAUGCAGCCCUUAGCAGACGUCUGUCCUGGGUCCUCAGCGAGCAACUGGCGGCACAUCUGAACAAGAGCAAUAAGGACUUCAAGGCCGUUUAAGUCAGCAGUGUGGAGGGAGUCCUGCCAGCCUGCCAGCCUCUGUUCUCACACAUCUUCCAAAGGCCUGAGUCUACUUCCGACUCGCCAGUGGGCUCCAAAACUUCAAGGAGAGCAGACUGGACUGAGACCACCGUGUUGCAGAUCGUGCCAUGGCCGGCCAUGUCCCGUCCAUCUGUGUGACCCCCUGGGAAGAUUGUGUUGGCUCCCUUCCUCCCUUGGGAGAGGUGAAGUCGGCACAGACGGUUCUCCCGUGCUGCUGUCCUGCCGUCCACUGUUGACUGGCUUGGCAUCACAUCCUCCUGUCUGACUGAAGCACAGGCCCGCUGGCCUCCUUCCAGGUCUUUGAAGAAGGGCCAAAGCAAGGAUAUCGCUGUGUAGAAAGUGACACCCACAGACCUAAAGUCCCAGCAGACCCCAUGUCAGCAGUAUCCGUAACUCAAGUGUGCUUCACCUCCUGCCUGCAGAGUCCAGGGUCAUGGAAAAGGAGCAAGAAGGCUGCACCACAGGCCUGUCAGGCACCCGCCGUCACUGCCAGCCUCGGAGCUUUUGACCAUUCAAAGACAUGUUUCCUCCUAUGAACUAAGAGGAUGUUCAGGGAAGAAGAAAACAUGAGUUACCUGGGGACCCUUCUGAACAAAAUGGCUGUCUGUACUCUUUUUAAACAAACUUUGCAAACUUUUUAGUGUCAAAAUUGUAACCAAGUGUCUCCUGAUUCUUCCCGCUGUGUUUGGCAAGUGCUGUGACCCUGUUGUAGGUAUUUCUCCUCCUUCCUCUUUUGAGGGAGAAGUCAUUUUAGGGGUUGAUUUGGGGGAGCAGGUAUCUGUCCCGCCUCCUCUUUUGUUUCUCUGCUUGUUGAUACUGUCCGUGUGAAUCAGAGAACGGGGCAGUUACAUUGUGUCCAUUGUUGAGAAUAUUAAAAUAUUUAAAAAAAAAAAGUAGUUAUAGAUCUGAAAAUUCAGAGAGCUGUGUUUUAAAAGAUGCAAACCCAUAAAUAUCAUGUUAACCAAGGAAUUCAAGCUAUGGGCAGCCUAGCUCCUCCCCCUCCAGGUUGGUGAGGUGGUAGGCAGGCCAGCCCCCGGGAAACACUGACCACCCUGGAGUCAGGUGACUGUGGGAUCCAGAGACACCUGCUCAGUGGAGAAAUGAGAAUCUGGGGCUCAGAGACUCUCAGUUGUGUCAGGGUUUUCUCUACAUCCUCAGGACCUCUGGGUAGAGGUUUCAAAGUUGGUGACCCCAGAACCACCCUCACCCUCACAUUGGAUCAAGCCUCGUGUGCCUAGUGCUGUGUGGUAACCUGGGCUUGGGCCUGGAGCCCCUGCGUGCCGGGUCACAGGACCUCUUCCUGCCCACUUGGUGCUAUCUCAUCAUGACCAUCCAACAGGGCAGCCUGGUCUCCUGAAGCCUGUGGGCCAGGUGCCAAGGGCGGUCCUCAGAGCUCAGCUCUUUCUGGCUUCAGAUCAUAGAUUCUUCCCUUUGAAGCUUUUUAGACCCAAACCGACUGGCUCUGGAGAUGCCGGAGUCAGGGAAGGAAGUGGACCAGGCUUAGGCAAGGAGAUCCACCCCUGUGCCACAAUGAGCACCCCAGCCCAGCCCCCCUCCCCCGCCACACCAGUGUUACAUCCAUCCUUUCGGGCAUCCAGUCCCACCUGAGGCACAUGCCGACCACUGGCCAGCUGCCCCGCGCAGACUGUGCAUAGCAGGCCGUCCCAGGAUGGGGACCCGGACGUUCCUCAGUACCCCUCCCUCAGAAGAGGCAUGUUGCACUUUAGUGGGGAGCCCAGAACACUGGGCACUGGCUUCCUGUAGCUUGAGUCCCUGUAGGUAGCAGAGGUGGCAGCCCAACGGUCUGUGUGCUGCAGCCUCGGCUGCCAUCUUGAACUGUGCACCUGCGUGCAGCUACUAGAGUGGAAUUGCAGGCCUGAUGAUGACAUUGCAAAGACGUUGUGUUCUGUUCAACCCUGCCUUGGUAAUUAUUGUAAACACUUUGUUCAAUUUUUUUUUCUUUUUUUUAUUCACAAACUAAAUCCAUCAGGAAAUUAUAAACUUAUUUAAAAACUG